GAUUUCCGCUUUCGCUCCUUUCCGGCGGUGACGACCUGCCCACAACAUCAUGCCUCUUGCAAAGGAUCUCCUUCAUCCCUCUCCAGAAGAGGAGAAGAGGAAACACAAGAAGAAGCGCCUGGUGCAGAGCCCCAAUUCCUAUUUCAUGGAUGUGAAAUGCCCAGGGUGCUAUAAAAUCACCACCGUCUUUAGCCAUGCACAAACGGUAGUCCUGUGUGUGGGCUGCUCCACUGUCCUCUGCCAGCCUACAGGGGGGAAAGCAAGGCUUACAGAAGGAUGCUCUUUCAGACGGAAGCAGCACUAAAAGCACCCUGCAUCAAGAUGAGUGGGAAACCAUCCCAAUAAACACAUUUUGGAUACA